UUAUUGUUUUUGUAAGAAAAAAGAGAGGAAAAGAUGGGUGAAACAGAGACCCACCGCCGCCGCAAGCGGCUGCACCACCGAAUCUCGCCCUUUCGAGGGGACCUACUUGGACUCCUGCUGAGCAACUCCAUCAGCUUCAGUACUGCAUCCACUCCAAUCCUUCUUGGCCUCAAGCUCUUUUACUGGCUUUCCAACACUACAUCGUGAAUCUGGGAACUACAGUCUUAAUUGCAAGUACUAACGUGCCUCGGAUGGGUGGGGAUCAUGGUGAUAAAGCCCGAGUUAUUCAAGUGUUGCUGUUUAUGUCUGGUAUCAAUACUCUGCUUCAAACGCUUGUUGGCUCUAGGCUCCCCACGGUGAUGGGUGCAUCUUUUGCAUACACCUUCCCAUUGCUUUCUAUCGUCAAUGAUUAUAAUGAUGAAGCCUUCGCAACUCCGCAUGAUCGGUUUAUCCAUAGUAUUAGAACCGUUCAAGGAUCAAUGAUAGUUUCUUCCUUUGUCAACAUCAUCCUUGGGUAUGGCCGGGCAUGGGGGGAGCUGACAAGAUUAUUUAGUCCCAUAGUUGUGGUGCCAGUGGUUUGUCUCGUUGGCCUUGGACUGUUUGCAAGAGGCUUCCCGUUGCUAGGUAACUGUGUGGAAAUUGGCCUGCCCAUGCUCAUUCUGUUUGUUACUUCCCAACAGUACCUGAAGCGCAUCCAUUCAAGAGCCCAUCUAAUACUUGAGAGGUUUGCUUUGCUCUUCUGCAUCGGAAUUAUUUGGGCUUUUGCUGCAAUCCUCACUGUGUCGGGUGCUUACAACAAUGUUAAAACUACCACUGAACAAAGUUGCCGCACAGAUCGAUCUUACCUAAUGUCUUCUGCUCCUUGGAUCAAAAUUCCAUACCCAUAUCAGUGGGGUACGCCAAUAUUCAGGGCUAGCCAUGUGUUUGGGAUGAUAGGUGCUGCAUUUGUUUCAUCUGCUGAGUCAACAGGAGCAUUUUUUUCCGCAGCUCGGCUUUCUGGUGCCACAGCCCCUCCGGCACAUGUACUCAGCAGAAGUAUUGGCUUACAGGGCCUUGGUAUGCUGCUUGAAGGGCUUUUUGGUUCUCUUGUUGGUACUACUGCAUCCGUUGAAAAUGUUGGCCUUCUCGGGCCUACGCAUAUAGGAAGCAGAAGGGUUGUGCAGAUUUCAACUGCUUUCAUGAUAUUUUUCUCCAUAUUUGGGAAAUUCGGUGCAUUUUUUGCCUCUAUUCCAUUGCCAAUAUUUGCCGCCAUAUACUGCAUUUUAUUGGGCAUUGUUGCUGCUUCUGGGAUCACAUUCAUUCAGUUUGCAAACAAUAAUUCCAUGAGAAACAUCUAUGUCUUGGGUGUCUCUCUGUUCCUGGGGCUAUCAAUUCCUCAAUACUUUGCAAUGAACAUAUCUUACGAUGGACGUGGACCGGUUAGAACGAAUGCCAUAUGGUUUAAUGAUAUAUUGAAUACAAUUGGGACCAUACUGGAUAACACCCUGGAUGCAAAUCAUGUGGAAGAUAGAGGAGUUCCGUGGUGAAAACCAUUCCAGCACAGCAAAGGCGAUGUUAGAACCGAGGAGUUCUACAGCUAUCCCCUCAGACUAAAUGAAUAUAUGCCUACCAGGUUUCUCUGAACACGGUAGUACAUUGUAUAUUAUGUACAACACAGGCCAGUGUGCGAGUUACGUGUUAAACCAUUUAUG